UAAGCAGAUGGUCAAAAAUGCCUUGCUUCGGAAAUCUGGAGGAGAGGACAUUCUUGAAGAGUAUAAAUCAGAAAACACGCUGAAGCACCGCACCAGGAGGCAGCUUGUCAACAUACUGGCAAGUGAUAUGACUGAGAGACAUGGCCGGAUUCCCUCCCGUCAACAGAAGGAGAAGUAUGCGCUGGGAAUCAUUUCACUUUUUCCUGCACUUAAGGAUCCCUUCUCACCAAAAGGAUAUGAGCAUUUUUAUGAUGCACAGAAAGGUACUGGAUAUUUGGCGUGGCGUCUGAAGACAAUGAGCAGGACUACAGCAAAGAGGCCAGCAAAGGAGCCAGCAAAGGAGCCAUCAUUGCCUAAAGACCAAGGGCCAAAACGGAGAAGACAAGUGACAACACUGCCUGAGCAGCUAGAUGGUGACGACUGCAGGGAAGCCAUUUCGUUUCUUAUUCACACCCCUGAAGAAGCAAGUGUGCUGGAGAAAAUGAAGAUGACGUUUCAAUAUCGGCAGGACUUGGUGCAUGACCCAGAAAGAAGCGCGGAUGUCUUCAAAACAUUCCCACGUUUCCUGGAUGUAAAAGGACUCGUAAAUCAAGACUUCAACCUGCUGUUUGGUGCUGAAACAAGUUCCAAGUUGUUGAACAAGUGGGACACAACAUUCAAGCUGAAGAUCAUCAAAGAGGCCACCCAGCUGACUCCAUCAACUGAUCUGUGUCGUCUGAUAAAAGCGGCUGAGAGACACCCACAGAGUGAUGAUUGGGACAGUGACAUGGCCACACUGCUGUUGCUACUUCAUCUUUUGCCUCCCACGGCUGGACGCAAGAAGACCAAGAUCAGCCCAACUGAUGCAGCUGAUCGAAUGGUGCUCUUCCACAAGUCAUGCAGCAGCAUUGAUGAACGUCUAAAAGAAAGAGAAGGAAAGCAGCCAUUCAUCCUUGCGGUUGGCCGUACCCGUAACAAGAUUGACACCUACUAUGUUGCCGUUGACAAACAGCUCAUUCCAUGCCACCACACCAGCUCACUGAGUGCGUUUGAUGAACUUUUCAAGUGUCACUACGUCUUCAACCUCUCGUAUGAUGAGUCCCUGGUCCAGCUGUACACUUUUGUACAGACCACUGUAUUCAACAUCGAUGUUGCCUCCACAGACGAGUCACCGCGUGUUCGUGAGUUGCGUGCCAAGAUCUUGAAUGACAAUGUUUAAAUGUUUUAUCUGUCAAGCCUUGCAUACCACCAGUAAGGCCUUAAUAAGCCACUUGCGGAUAGGACACAGUUUUUACCCAAGCACCAAGUUCAAAUUGUCUUGUUCCCAGGACGCCUGUCGGCGUCAGUUCAGUACAUAUGCAGGUUUGAUAAAGCAUUUAAAUACUGUUCAUGGUAACGAUUUCUGUCACGGUGAUGAUGCAGAAGAGGAUGGCCUCUUUGAUAAUCUUCAGCUUGAACCUGAUUGUCUUGUUUCAAAAAAUCUGAUUGAAGGAAAUGAAUUCUUGCAAGGUGCUGGGUGUUCUGAAAGCAAUAGAUCUGGUCAGUGUAGCAGUGACGAUACGAAAAACAUUUGUGCUGCAAUUAUUUCUAAACUAACUGGUAGUGGUGUGGCAAAUAGUGUAGUUUCAUCAGUUGUAAGUCAUUUAGAAGAUUUUGCAGAAGGACUUCAUUCUGAGUUUAAGCACAAAGUUUUGUCUGCUAUACCGGCUGAUGAUCCUGUAAGAAAUACAUUGGGAAAGUGUCUUGAAACCUUUGAAAACCCUGUUGAGAACUUUAAUACUGAAAGUAAAAGAAAAAAGUAUUUAAGUGAAAAAUGGGGAAUGGUGGACCCUGUGGAAAAACUGUUGGGAUUCCGCUAUGAUUCAAGGCUCAAUAAAGUUACAGGUACUUUUGAUCAAGUACCAGUAAAAGACACUUUUGUCUAUGUUCCAAUUUUGGAAACAAUCAAAUUUAUCUGUCGCAAUACUCAUAUUUGUGGACUGCUUAGCACACCUUCUGUAUCAAGCGAAAACCGGUAUGAGGACUUCUGCGAUGGAAGUUACUUUAGAUCACAUCCAUUGUUUUCAGAACACCCAACAUCCCUGCAAAUUCAGUUAUAUUACGAUGACCUGGAGACAGCAAAUCCGCUUGGUUCGAAGCAUGGACUUCAUAAAGUUGGCGCACUGUACUUUGUUUUGAGAAAUUUGCCCCCAAAGUUAAAUUCAGCACUAAUGAAUAUCCAUUUAGUUGCAUUGUUUCAUGCAGAUGAUGUUAAAAAAUACAGCUUUGAUCCCAUUUUGCAGCCGCUAAUUGAUGACCUCAAAGUGUUGGAAAGUCAUGGAAUUAGUUUGCCAUAUUCAGCUGUGAAUGUCCGCGGCACAAUUUGCCAAAUCACAGGCGAUAAUUUAGGCAUGCAUGGGAUCAUGGGUUUUAUCGAGUCAUUCAGUGGACGUUAUUUUUGUCGCUUGUGUUUGAUUGAAAAAAGUGAUGCCCAGAAUGUGUUUAGUGAGGAUGACCCAAAGAUUAUUUUGCGAGGCAAAGAAAUCUUUGAAACGCAUUGCAACGAGUUACAGUCAAAUCCUCAACAGUUGCAUGUGUAUGGUUUAAAGAGGAAUUCAACUUUAAACAGCUUACAGUUCUUUCAUGUUUCCCAGAACUUUUCGUUGGACAUAAUGCAUGACAUUCUUGAAGGGGUUGGACAGUAUGAAAUCAAGUUGCUAUUAGAAUACCUGUCUGAACAUUUCUUGGCAAAAUCUGGUGUUCUGUCUCGAAUCUAUGCUUUUGACUAUGGGUACUUGGAGCGGAAAAAUCGUCCAUCAAGGGUCAACUUGGAUAGUGGUAACAAUACAAUAGGAUUGAACUCAAUUCAGACUCUCUGUCUGAUUAGAAAUAUUCCCUUGAUUUUUGGUGACAUUGUGCCGGAAGGUGAUCAGAAUUGGUCUUUGAUGUUGCUUCUACUACAAAUCAUUAACAUCAUUUUCUCUCCAUCUGUAACAAUGGGCAUGACGGUGUAUUUAAAACAUUUAAUAAUGGAACACCAUGUCUUGUUCAGACAGCUUUAUCCAAACAGGAAUAUGAUCCCAAAACACCAUUUCAUGUUACAUUAUCCGAGUUGUAUCAGAAAAAUUGGACCCUUAAUUCAUAUGUGGAGUAUGAGAUUCGAAGCAAAGCACCGGGUGUUCAAAAACACACUGAAAAAUUUUAAGAACAUCACAGUGUCACUUGCCAAAAAACACCAGAUGUUGAUCGCUUACAAUUGGGAGACAUCCCCUUUAAACCACAUAGAGUAUGGUCCCCUGAAAAUAUAUGAUCCAGAUACUGACCAUGAACAUUUACCCCAACUUGUGCCUUUUGUGCAAGACGAUACUUUUUCAACUAACUGGGUUAAGAUCUGUGGGACAGAGUAUAGAGUUGGCUUGGUUGUAUCUAGUGGCAUUGACCAUGAUAUUCCUUUGUUUUAUAGGAUAAAAGUGAUACUUAAGCUUAAGAAUGGUAUCCAUUUCAUUGCCAAUAAGCUUGACGUUGAAUACUUCAGUGAACAUUUUCAUGCGUACAAAGUGUGUGAAUCAGAUGAGAAAGUUGUAAUCAAUGCAGAUGCUGUGGAAACGUACAGGCCCUUUGACCUGCAGAGCAGUUACAGUACUGAUGAUGCUUGUCUUUACAUUGUACCGUUAUUUGUGUAGCGUAAGUGUUUUGUGGUGUGAUCUGUAAGUGUUUUUGGUGCUUGGUGUAAUAAACAUUGUAAAUGUA